GGAGCGGCCGGCGCGCGCGUGUGCGUUGGGUGCAGCUGCGAGGCGGGGAGGCGCGCAGGGUCGGUGGUUGUGCUGCUCCUAGGGCGGCGGCCGCCACCGCAGCAGCACCCCGGGCUGAGGGGGCCGUCGCGGCGGGACGAGCUGGGGAUGGGGAACACCGGGCCCCGCACCUCUCCCGGGCGCGUGUGCGGCGCCGGGGGCGCACAGUGACGGCUGCGGCGCCCCUAAGCCGGGCAGCGCUGAGGCCGCUUCGCCAAGGGAGCCUUCGGCCGGCGGCGGGCCGGGCCAUGAGGAGCAGCCGGGGCCGGGCCAGGCCUCGCUGACCCCCGGCCCCGCGCGGAGGCCUCCCCCGUUUCCGCUCCGGUCUCUCGGCAUGAGCGUCCGCCCAGGCCGGGGGCCGCGGCUGCCCCAGUGCGGCGGCCCGCGGGCGCGCUCCGGGCCGGCGGGCCCGCGGUGCUGAGCCCGGCCUGCCUCGCUGCGCUGCCCGCCCGCCCGCUGUAUGCCCCGGGGGCGCGGCCAUGGAGGUGGUGGGCGACUUCGAGUACAGCAAGAGGGACCUCGUGGGACACGGGGCCUUCGCCGUGGUCUUCCGGGGGCGGCACCGCCAGAAAACUGAUUGGGAGGUAGCUAUUAAAAGUAUUAAUAAAAAGAACUUGUCAAAAUCACAAAUACUGCUUGGGAAGGAAAUUAAGAUCUUAAAGGAACUUCAGCAUGAAAAUAUUGUAGCACUCUAUGAUGUUCAGGAAUUACCCAACUCUGUCUUUCUGGUGAUGGAGUACUGCAAUGGUGGAGACCUGGCAGAUUAUUUACAAGCUAAAGGAACUCUCAGUGAAGAUACUAUUAGAGUGUUUCUGCAUCAGAUCGCAGCUGCCAUGCGGAUUCUGCACAGCAAAGGAAUAAUCCACAGGGAUCUCAAACCACAGAACAUCUUGCUGUCAUACGCGAAUCGCAGAAGAUCCAACGUCAGUGGUAUUCGCAUCAAAAUAGCGGAUUUUGGGUUUGCUCGUUACCUGCAUAGUAACAUGAUGGCUGCAACACUGUGUGGGUCCCCAAUGUACAUGGCUCCUGAAGUUAUUAUGUCUCAACAUUAUGAUGCUAAGGCAGACCUGUGGAGCAUAGGAACAGUGAUAUAUCAAUGCCUAGUUGGAAAACCACCUUUUCAGGCCAAUAGUCCUCAAGACCUAAGGAUGUUUUAUGAGAAAAACAGGAGCUUAAUGCCUAGUAUUCCCAGAGAAACAUCACCUUAUUUGGCUAAUCUCCUUUUGGGUUUGCUUCAGAGAAACCAGAAAGACAGAAUGGACUUUGAAGCGUUUUUUAGCCAUCCUUUUCUAGAGCAAGUUCCAGUGAAAAAAUCCUGCCCAGUUCCGGUGCCCGUGUAUGCUGGCUCUGUCUCUGGAAGCUCCUGUGGUAGCUCUCCAUCUUGUCGUUUUGCCUCUCCACCAUCCCUUCCAGAUAUGCAGCAUAUUCAGGAAGAAAACUUAUCCUCCCCACCAUUGGGUCCUCCCAACUAUCUACAAGUGUCCAAAGAUUCUGCCAGUACUAGUAGCAAGAACUCUUCUUGUGACACGGAUGACUUUGUUUUCGUUCCACACAGCAGCUCGUCAGACCACUCAUAUGAUAUGCCGAUGGGGCCUUCUGGCAGACAUGCUUCAAAUGAGUUCUUGGUGUGUGGAGGGCAGUGCCAGCCCCCUGUGUCACCUCAUAGUGAGACAGCACCAAUUCCAGUUCCUACUCAGAUAAGGAAUUAUCAGCGCAUAGAGCAGAAUCUUACAUCUACUGCCGGCUCUGGCACAAAUCUACAUGGUUCUCCAAGAUCUGCAGUGGUGCGAAGGUCUAACACCAGCCCGCUGGGCUUCCUCCGGCUGGGAUCCUGCUCCCCGGCGCCUGCAGACACCGUACACGCAGUUGGACGAAGACUCUCCACUGGAUCUUCCAGGCCUUACUCACCUUCCCCUUUGGUUGGGACCAUUCCUGAGCAGUUUAGUCAGUGCUGCUGUGGGCAUCCUCAGGGUCACGAGUCCAGGAGUAGAAACUCAUCAGGUUCCCCAGUGCCACAGGGUCCAUCACCACAGUCUCACCUGUUGGGUGCUAGACUGCAGAGCGCCCCUACCCUCACCGACAUCUACCAGAACAAGCAGAAACUCCGAAAGCAGCACUCGGACCCCGUGUGCCCGUCCCACACUGGGGCUGGGUACAGCUACCCACCUCAGCCCAGUCGGCCUGGCAGCCUUGGAACCUCUCCCACCAAGCACAUGGGGUCCUCUCCUCGCGGUUCGGACUGGUUCUUUAAAACUCCUUUACCAACCAUCAUUGGCUCUCCUACCAAGACCACAGCUCCUUUCAAAAUACCUAAAACGCAAGCGUCUUCUAACCUGCUAGCCUUGGUUACUCGUCACGGGCCUUCUGAAGGGCAGUCUAAGGAUGGGAAUGACCCACGGGAAUGCUCUCAUUGUCUCUUAGUUCAAGGAAGUGAGAGGCAGAAGUCUGAGCAGCAGAACAAAGCAGUGUUUGGCAGAUCUGUCAGUACUGGGAAAUUAUCAGAUCAACAAGUGAAGAUACCUUUAGGUGGACAUCAGGGCAGCACGGACAGUUUAAAUACAGAACGACCGAUGGAUACAGCCCCUGCAGGAGCUUGUGGUGGUGGACUGGCACCUGCUCUGGGAACAGCAGCAAGUUCCAGGGCUGUCCUGUUCACUGUAGGAUCUCCUCCACACAGUGCUGCGGCCCCUACUGCUGCCCAUAUGGUCCUCCGAACAAGAACAACCUCAGCGGGCUCCAGCAGCUCCGCGGGCUCCCUGUGCUCGGCCGGCGGCCGUGUGGCUAUGGGCUCCCCGCUGGGGCCGGGUUGGGGGGCUUCCCCUCCCGGAGCCGAGGCCGCGCCCAGCCUGAGAUACAUGUCUUACGGUGCUUCACCCCCCAGCCUGGAGGGGCUCAUCACCUUUGAGGCCCCUGAACUGCCAGAGGAGACACUGAUGGAGCGAGAACACACAGACACCUUACGCCACCUCAACAUGAUGCUGAUGUUCACGGAGUGCGUGCUGGACCUGACAGCCGUGAGGGGGGGUCACCCGGAGCUGUGCACAUCCGCUGUCUCCUUGUACCAGAUCCAGGAGAGUGUGGUCGUGGACCAGAUCAGCCAGCUGAGCAAAGACUGGGGGCGGGUGGAGCAGCUGGUGUUAUACAUGAAAGCAGCGCAGCUCUUAGCAGCCUCUCUGCAUCUUGCCAAAGCCCAGAUCAAGUCCGGGAAGCUGAGCCCAUCCACGGCUGUGAAACAAGUUGUCAAAAAUCUGAAUGAACGAUAUAAAUUCUGCAUCACCAUGUGCAAGAAACUUACAGAAAAGCUGACUCGCUUCUUCUCUGACAAACAGAGAUUUAUUGAUGAAAUCAACAGCGUGACUGCAGAGAAACUCAUCUAUAAUUGUGCUGUAGAAAUGGUUCAGUCUGCAGCCCUGGAUGAGAUGUUUCAGCAGACGGAAGAUAUUGUUUAUCGCUAUCAUAAGGCAGCCCUUCUUCUGGAAGGCCUGACUAAGAUUCUCCAGGACCCUGCCGAUAUCGAAAAUGUGCAUAAAUAUAAAACUAGUAUUGAAAGAAGAUUGUCAGCACUCUGCUGUAGCACCGCGACCCUGUGAGUGGCCGCGGGCUCGUCCCUGGACCAGUGGUGGGGACUGAGGAGAGAAGUUUGGUAUCACAGCUUGGGUUCUGUUUCCCCAUCCCCAGGAAACCCUAGCUUCUCACGUGGUGACUACCAAAGAACAAGCAUGACUUCAAAAAGGAAAAACAAUCCAAAAACUACAUACGUGUAGGAAAUCUGCCUUAUUGGAGACGUCACCCCUUCCCUUUUCUGUGUAGAAACAGAAGCAAGAGUAUUCCACUUGGCUCUCAGUUUGAACUUGGUCAAUAAAUGUACCUUAGAAAUAGAAUUAUCAGUACAGUUAUUCCUAAGGAUAAUUAAGAACGAAACAAAGUGGAUGGCUCUAUACUCAGUUCACCAGAGCAGUGUGUGAAAUUCCACGUGUUUACUGAGGUAUAAAAGUAAAAAAAAUCGACAUCUCAUCCAGGCAGUUGGAUAUCUGGGGUAGGUUCGUCUAAAUCUGAGCACACAUCCUUCAACAGCUCAGGAAGAUAGAGCUUGAGAACAAGCUGAAAGAAGAAGGCUCUUGGAAGAAAUUGUGAAAUCUUCUAUUUGAUCUAAUAUGGACACGUUAAUCUUCCAAAAUCUUUCAUAUUGCACUAAUUUAUUAAUACAACUGUAUUGGAUUUUGCAAUUUAAAACUGAGGCACAAUGGACUUGUUUAAAAUAUUUUACUUGAUUAUAUUAUAUACACACACCCUUUCCAGAAAUCACACGUAAUCUCUAGUGGACUUUUAAAUGGUAAAAACUUGCGUUCGUGUGAACCUUUGCAUUUUUUUUAACCUAUCCAUCUACACAUACAGAUUUUCUCAGUGGUAUUUUUGAGCUGCUGGUUGUUUGCUUUUGGUUGUAUUUUUUUAUUGUGCAUGCAGAAUGUGCAUCGACGCCUGUGAUCUCUGGGUUUACUAAAGGCUAGGCUUAUUUGGGCGGUAUUAGAAAAAAAUACCAAUUCGGGAUACUCUCAAAAGUUUUAAUAGGGCCGAAACAAAGUUGGCGACCUAAAGGCUUGUUGGUGAUGGGGAGUUUCUACAUGAAGUUAGUGAGAAACGAGGUUUGUCUUCUCUUAGGAAAACAGGCAGCCCUCUCCAGCCUGGUGUACGUCCCGGCCCUUCACCAAACAGCUAGUCACGGAGAACGCGGGCAGGUCAUGUCCCUCCAGAAACGGUUCCUGCAUUGUGUAUGGUUUGGUUUCUUUUACUCACCUGCUUGAAUACUUGAAUAAACCAUUCUCCAGUUUUAAUUCCUUUAUUUUUAUCCUUUUAGCUAACAUAAUCCAAACUCUGACAAAUUGCACAGAAGCUCCUUGGCAUUAAUCUAAUUUUAAGUGUACUGAUAAAGACAGACAAAAACAUGGUUUCUCCUUUACUUUGACGAAGUAAUGUAAUUUUUACCUUAUUUAUCUGUAUGAAAUUCCAGCAGUUAAUUUGAACAUUUAUUUAUACGAUGUUUGUAUUUUUAGGUCUUUAAUACAGUGUUUCUACCUCUCAUUUGUAACUGCAUGCAUUAUUCUCGAAACUAGGUAAAACUCACGGGAUCGUUGUGUAAUAGCCUUUUUAUUCUUGUGUGUACAAAUGUAUAUUAAGGUAAAAUAAAACUGACAAAGUGUUCCUAGGGUCAAGCUGAGUCCAUAUUACGUGGCUUGUCAAGCCAGCUCCUUCCUCGGUGAGUUUGGAGGCUCGGGCAUUAAUAUCCUCUGUCCUGCCCCAAGAUGUCAGAUGCUCGGUGACUGUCCUGCGGGCCGUGCGCACGUAGGCUAUGCGACGGGGCUCCCGCCCCUCCCCGCAGGGCCUAUAAGCACUGUUACUGGGAAUACUCUGUUGUGUAUCAUUUUUUUCAAGGGUCCCGGGCAAUUUCAUUUAUGUUCUCAUAGUCCUCACGCACGUGAUCUCAGUAGGUCCUCCAAGGAGCUGGGUUCGUUCCGGCCCACCCGCCCCAUCCAUUUUUUUUUUUUUUUUUUUAAACAACACAGGAUGAAAAAGUUUCACCUCGAGGAAGUGAUUGAUCUUAAGUCAGGUAACUAGGGGAGGUAGGUAAGCCAUGGUUUGUGACUCCCAAGUUCGUUCUUCUCCCUCUUGUAUAACAAAGGUCCGUCCCAUGGUGGGUGCUGUACGUGAAACCGGGAUGUGUGGACGGCAGAGAACAGACUGUAAACUCAUGAAUAAUGGUUCUGAUUCUACCCCCAUUAUCAAGGCCAACUGUUUUCAGAGAUUUUUGCCUUGACUAUAGCAAUAAUAAAUGCUUUAUGUUUCCAUGAGUAUUUUUUUUAAUUUCUUGUCAUCGAUUUCACAAGGUAGAAAUGGGCCAGUCCGCACACUCAUGGGUUGCCACCCAGAUUCGAGCCAUAACGUGGAAAGUUCGUGACCACACGGACGUGAGUAAGGAGAGGAGUCGGUGAAUUUGCUAACCGGCUACCCGGGCGGUCAGGGUUUGCCCGAAGCGCGCCCGGGACCGGACCUCGUGGAUCCCGCCCCUUCUCCCCGCCCAGAGGACUAGCAGAGUUCCGGAGAGGAGCUUACUCUCAGGGCCUGGCCGUCCUGAGUCUCCCCAGGGCGAGGAGGAAGACGCUGAGCGGAACGUGAUCUCUACGGGGCCUUGAGCCCAUUUACCCCUGGGGCUGGACCCUUGAAUCUUCAGCUGUGGAAGCUCUCGGGACCUGCUCACGCCCCUUCCUGGUCCCCCCAAGCCCUUGUGAGGGUGCGCCUCUGGGAGAGCGUCCAGAUGGUCCUUUCCUCACCGGAAUCACAGAGAGCCCCAUCAGAAGCCAUCCGCCUAGCAGAGCACUGCACUCCUGCGGGGAACAGACAGUGAGCCCCGAAAAUCUCCGCUCCUGCUCAAGAGGCAAAGCCAAGCAGGUGAAGGGUCGGUGUGAAUUCAGGGAGCGUGAAGGCACGGAGGCUGAGAGCCUGCUGUCCCCGCACGGGCUGAGCAAGGCAAGAGCACCCGUGUCUGCGCCCUGCAGGCAGACCUCAUCUGUGGGUGCCCUCCUUGGCCCCGAGAGCUCUCAGUCCAGUGUUUCAAGUGCCCUGGAGAUCUCUUCGUUGUUCAGAGCGGUCCCUUUCAACAGCCGCCAGGGUGCCUCCUGGGAGGGCAUCUGAGCCGAGGAGGCUGCAGAGGUGACUCCACACUGGGGCUCCCCAAGGUCUGCACUCGGGGGAGGCCGCCCGGCGCCCUCCUGCUCUGGGACGGUCCUGCACUUCGGGAGCUGGCUUAAGUCCCUAGGAGAGGCCGGCUGGGGGCUUGUUUGUUGAAGACUGCUCUCUCCCUCCUCGGGCGUGGCGGUCCCCUGGCUGUGUGUCGCUGGGCUCCUGCCCCAGCGCCUGUGUACCUGCCAGUGGGGGGAAGGGCACAGAGCUCAGGGAGUCACGGUGAGGCUGAAACAAGUUCCUGAGCAUGAAGUGGGAGCAGCCCUCGGGGACGCCCGCCGUUGGGAUGGAAAAACAGACUUGGUGAGUAAUCUGCCCCACCACCACCAAGAGAAAAGCCCCGCAGCUGGGUAGGGGCUGGGCUGCUGGGCUGGGGGCUGGGGAGCCUGCAUGCAGGGAACUCUCCUCUCUGUGCCAUGUGCCUAGCGCCCCAAACCUGCUCAUCGCCACGUCCUUGUAACACCUUUCUGGUGAUGUCCAGGAGGAGGGGGAAAGGCAGGCUUCUGUGUCGUUUGGACGCAUCUUCUGCAUAGCAGGAGGCCGCAGAUUUCAAGAAGCAGGGGAAUCCGCAGCUCUGUGCAGCCCCUCUUGGGCCGGGAGCUGGAGCCGAGAGCUGGAGCCGAGAGCAGUAGGUUUCAGAAACCACCCCCUCGAAACUUCCAGCGAGAGGGCUUCAAUGGCAUAUUAAUAAACUCGAGCGUUUGGUGGACCCGCUUGGCAGUUUCCUUGUUUGUGUCCACGUGUGCCAGUGAUAUUGAACAGCACGGAACUGGUCCCAUCCCAGGUGAGGAGCCUCAAUCCCAGGCUUGCCCAGGGGACCCCCCCCCAACACCCGCUUGCCCCAGGAACUGCUUAGUGUCCCCCUGCCUUGGCCUCACGCCCUCAACGUGGCCCUGUCCAGUGUGCGGCUCACACGGCGCCAGCCCCUCGGGGCACCCGGAGGAGCGCAGGGAGGUUAAGGUGGGGGAAAGGCUAAUGGAAAAUAAGGACAUUCCCUUGCCCCCCGCCCUGGAGCCUGCCAGGGGGAGCAGUGGAAUAAAUGAGCCCCAGGCAUGGAGGGCCAAGCACUCCACCGAUGUUCUGAGUCACCCGGCUCAGAAGAGGGAAGUAGAUCCAGGAGGCCUCGGUGUCCUCUUCCCUGGAUGCGUGUUCAAGAGACUGGGUGUUCCCGAGCCUUCUGCACAGGACCAAAUAGUAAGUAUUUCAGGCUUUCGGGGCUAUAGGUUCUCUGCUGCAGCUACCCAGCCCUGCCAUCCUACGCCGAAUAGCAGCCCCAGACAAUACACAAAUGGACAC